AUGAACUUGGUAUGCACUUCAACUCCGACUAAGAAACGAUCAUUCGAUGACCAACAAUUAAUGAGCCCUGUUUCGGAAAUUGGCGAUGAUCCCAAUUGUGAAAGCCUUUCUUAUGAAAGGCCAACAAAAAUUCACAAGACUCAAAUGUGCUCUGCUACAAACACAGACACUUCUUUAUUCAUUGACCAAGAAGAUUUCGAAAGCAACCUGGAUAAUAAGUGGAAAGGAAACAGCAAGCUCCCAUCUUCUUUUGACCAAGAACUUUUGGUGGGUAAACUUCCAAAUGUGAAAGUUUACAAAGGUAAUGUAGACAGUAUGCAGUGGAGUCACUGUAGGUCAAGACCUUAUAAAGGCAUUGUUCAGCCUAUUUGGAGUUACUUUAAAGAAAAUACCGAGAAUAACCUUUACAGAUGCAUGCUAUGCUCAAUGGUUUUAAAAGUUGAGAAGCAUCAAAAUGGUAAUACUGUUAGAAUUCUUAAGAAGCAUAUCGCACAAUCUGGGUCUAAAUAUUAUAGAUGUUCAAUUGGCUGCAAUCCAGAUCAAGCCUAUAUUGGUUCUUGCAGUUGGGAAGACCCUGCGCAUGUGAAUACAGAAACGUUGUCACAUAACCCAGGUGUAAAGACAAUGACACCAAAUGAAUACAUUUGGUUUAUCAUGAACUCGACAAAUCAACCAAUGUCAUUCGCAGAUGAUAAAGCAGUAAUAGAAGUGUCAAAGAAAUUGAAAGAGCUUGUUCCAGAUUCAAAACAAGCAGCUUGUAACUCUGCAAACAUGAAAAAAUUACUUGAGGAUAAUGUCAACGAAAUUGAUAAUUUACUGCUAAGAGAAAUACAGAGAGGAAACAGCAUUUUAGACUCUCCAUUGGUUAUCACUCAUAAGCAAGAAUUCGAACAGAAAUGCAUUAACAGAAUAAAAGAUCUGUCAAACGUGCACUAUGUUUCUUUGGUUCUGGACCAUUGGUCAGAUACCAGGCUCAGAUCUUUCAUUGGGGUUAUUAUAGUAAUUUGGGAUCGUUAUCAAAAAAAGCAACGGAGCUUUGUUAUAGGUAUGCCAGAAACUGUGAAUCACUCUUCUGCUGCAAUCAAAGAUCAAUUACAGCAAGUAAUUUCUAACUAUUCAGGCUUGAAUAAACUAAUUGUUUCUUCUGCGGCAGAUAAUGCAAGUGCAGUAAAAAACGCCUGCCUCCAGUUAACAACCCAAUGUCCUGACAGGUUGCUACAUGUGAACUGUGUUAAUCACUCUUUGAACGUUGUCAAUAGUAAACUUGUCACUGAGCCUGGAAAUAGAUCAAUUGAACAACAGAUAAUAAAACAGAACGAAGAAAGAACCAAGAUUAAAGUUUUAGAUUCUGAGAUGUUGUCGGGGUUUCGGAAAGCCCUGGAAAAGAAGGUAAAGCUUCGACGUUUCUUACUAGUCAUCAUAAAGUUGUUUUAA